UCCAACAAUAAAACUGGCUUCAACAUCAUUUCUAUCUCCUUUUUUAUUUUUCCUAGCUACUUCCUUCCUUCGUCUUCUGAGGUAAGUAACUAUACUUGUUCUUCUCGUUCCCUCUCAUGAACUGAGCAUGUAUGUGUGUAGGUCAACUACAACAACUACUUACUUCACCCCUUCGUUCUUCAACUGGAUUCUCCUCCAAUUUCUUUAGGGUUAUGAACUCCUCUCCUCCUCCUCCUCCUCCUCCGCCUCAAACAACCUUCUAAUCUGACCUCUGCUCAUCGUCAUAUUCACCCUGCUCGCUUCGGUAACAUAUAGGGAGGGAGCUAGGGAGAUUAUUAUUAAUUAGCUAAGGUGGGGUUUAGUGAUGGAAGAAGAAGUGAAAGGAUAUUCCGAUAGCAGAGAAGAGGAGGAGGAGGAGGAGGAAGACGAAGCAGCGGAAAUCAUCCCAAUUCCAAACACAAGACAAGAAACCAACAGCAGCGGAAACAGGUUACAGCAGCAGCAAGAUACAGCAGUAGCUCCCAAUUUCAGUCAGCGGAAGCAGCUAGAUUUGAUGGAGUUGUCACUAGGGAGCGGGAGCAGCAAGGACGAUCGGAAUUGGCAGCAAGGAGGAGGAGGAGGAGGAGGAAUGGUUGGUUCUUGCUCAUCAUCAUCAUCGGAGGCGGUGGAGAAAGAGCACAUGUUCGACAAAGUGGUGACCCCAAGCGACGUAGGGAAGCUGAACAGGCUAGUGAUACCGAAGCAGCACGCGGAGAAGUACUUUCCAUUGGACUCAUCCUCCAACGAUAAGGGGCUUCUCCUCAACUUCGAGGACAGGAACGGCAAGCUGUGGCGCUUCAGAUACUCCUACUGGAACAGCAGCCAGAGCUAUGUUAUGACCAAAGGCUGGAGUCGCUUCGUUAAGGAGAAGAAGCUCGACGCCGGCGACAUUGUCUCCUUCCACCGCGGCCUCGGGGAACUCUAUAGACACAGGCUGUACAUUGACUGGAGGCGCAGGCCCGACCAUCCCCCUCCUGACCCUUCCGCCUCCCUCAUCUCCCCUUUCUUCCUUCCUAACCACUACUCCGCCGCCAUCACAUGGGGCGCCGGCGGCAGGUUCUACUCUCUGCCUUCUCCCACGCCUCCUCCUCGCCACCAUCACUUUCAUCAUCAUCAGCACCACCCCCUCGCUACUAAUUACAACACCCAUAUGUAUGGCUUUCAUCAUCAUCCAGGUGCUGCAGCAACUGGAACAAGUCAUCAUCUUCUCAGCGGUUACAACGAUCAGCAGCUGAAUUCCGGAUCUCCUGGACCUCUCUAUUACCUGAGGUCACCCCCCUCAAUGUCAAUUGUUGACCCCAACUUGCAUCAGGAGAGAGGGACUGCUAUUGCCCCCAUGAUCAUUGAUUCUGUGCCGGUUGCUCAUCAUCAUCAUCAACAACAGCAACAUCAACAUGGUGUGGUGCCUAAUAGUAGUAACUUUGACAGUACUAAUACCGCAGGAAAACGGCUGAGGCUAUUUGGGGUCAACAUGGAAUGUGCUUCUUCUUCUUCUUCUUCCCCAGCUGAAGAUCACUCGCAUUUGGCAAUGUCUAGUUCAUUACCAUCGUCAAGCAGGUUUGGGGAUCAGAGAGGGGAUACUACUACUACUACUACUUCUGUACUUUUUGAUUUGGAUCCCUCUUUGCAAUACCAUCACCACCACCGGCAUUGAUCUUCAUCAUCAGAUCAGAGGUCCACUAAUUGGAAGAGCCACAUAAUAAUAUUAAUAAUAAUGAUUAGUUUGGCUAGAGCUUGGCUUUCCUUUGCAGGCAUUUUUAUUAUUAUUGUUAGUUUUCUUAAUUAGCUUCUUUCCUGGCCGGCCUUCUCUAUCUCAUCAGCAUUCAGCUGCAGACCACAAAUGAUGAAGAAAGAGUAGCAGCUCGCAAACUUUCUUCCUCUCCUUCUUUUGAUCAGUAACUAGUGUUUGCCAUUUAUUUAAACUUUUUAGCACGCCUUAAACUGCUCAUCAAGCUUCAAUUAGCUGCGGAAUUUGACUCUUGAUGAA